AUGUCUAAUCAACAGAUGGUUUAUUAUGGCCCUCAGCCAUUAAAACCCCUAAAUGAUAAGAUGAGACAUGGCUUCGAGAAAGAGUAUAAUUCUGAAAACUUUUUAACUUUACUUGCAAAUACUUUUUAUAUUUAUUUUGAUGAUAAACGACAUAAUACUAAUGGUAACCCGAUUUCUGAAAAAAUUAAACAAUCCCCUGAAUAUUAUAGAAAUUAUCAACCGAUAACUGAUUGGAAAAUUAUGCGUGAAAGACAAAAGACUAUAAGUGCUGUAUUGGUACUAUGUUUAAAUCUUGGAGUCGAUCCACCAGAUAUCAUGAAAACUUAUCCCUGUGCCAAAUAUGAAGCAUGGUGUGAUUCGUCUGCUUAUUCAGAUACAAAGAAAGCUAUAGAAGCAAUCGGUAAAAAUUUGCAGUCUCAAUAUGAAACUUUAUCUUUAAGAACAAGAUAUAAACAAUCUCUUGAUCCUUGCGUUGAAGAUGUAAAAAGAUUUUGCAAUACCUUAAGAAGAAGUGCUAAAGAAGAAAGAAUUUUAUUUCAUUAUAAUGGUCAUGGUGUUCCUCAACCUACUACUAGUGGUGAAAUUUGGGUUUUCAAUCGAGGUUAUACCCAAUACAUCCCCAUUUCUUUAUAUGACUUACAAACUUGGUUGGGGGCUCCAGUUAUCUUUGUUUAUGACUGUAAUAGUGCAGGUAAUAUAGUUCAUAACUUUAAAAAGUUUGUUCAAAAAAGAAUAGACGAUGAUAAUGAUGGUAACCAUGACAUGAGUGCCCCUUCUCCAACUUCUGCAUACUUAGAUUCUAUCCAAUUGGCUGCUUGUAAAAGUGACGAACUUUUACCCAUGAGUCCUGAUUUACCUGCUGACUUAUUCACCUGUUGCUUGACUUGCCCAAUUGAUAUCAGUGUAAAAUGGCUUAUCAUGCAAUCUCCUUUAAAAAAAAAUUACUAUAAUAUGCUUCCAAAAAAUUCAAUUGGUAAUGUAAUAAUACCCGGUAAAUUAACUGAUAGAAGAACUCCAUUAGGUGAAUUGAAUUGGAUCUUCACCGCAAUAACUGAUACUAUUGCCUGGACUUCUUUAUCGAGACCAAUAUUUAAAAGAUUAUUCAGACAAGAUUUAAUGGUUGCUGCAUUAUUCAGAAAUUUCUUAUUAGCCAAAAGAAUCAUGCCCCAUUUAAACUGUAACCCUAUCAGUGAUCCUCCAUUGCCCGAGUUAGUAAGAUUCCAUCCAAUGUGGGAUUCUUGGGACUUAGCAAUAGAUCAGGUCUUUGCUCAGUUGAUAAGAAAUAAAAAUCCUAGUCCUACUGAAGAUAAUGCAUUAAGCAAUUACAAAAACAUGGCAGCUACUCCCCAAGCUUCUACCACUAAAUUAAACGGGAUCAAUACAACUUCGAAUAAUACUUCUUCCUAUUUAAGUAACAGUGCUAAACCAAGUGCUCCUUUGACCACACCAAAUGGAACACAAGCAAUACCCCCUCAAUUAGGAGGACCAAGACCUCUGAUUGCACCGCCACUAAAUCAGAACUUAACUAAUUAUCAACACUCUACAUUCUUCGAACAGCAAUUAACGGCUUUUGAGAUUUGGCUUAAAUACGCAGGGCCAUCCACUAAAGAUGCCCCAGAACAGUUGCCAAUAGUGUUACAAGUUUUAUUGUCUCAAGUGCAUCGUUUAAGAGCCUUAAUCUUAUUAUCCAAGUUUUUAGACUUAGGUCCGUGGGCUGUAUAUCUUUCAUUAUCAAUUGGUAUUUUUCCUUAUGUUUUGAAAUUGUUAUUAAGUCCAGCUCAAGAAUUAAAACCCGUGCUUAUUUUCAUUUGGGCUAGAAUCAUGGCCAUCGACUAUAAGAGCACUCAACAGGAAUUAUGUAAAGAUAAGGGGUAUAAUUAUUUCUAUUUAAUUUUCAAUUCCAACCCUUCAAACCAAAUUGGUGCUCCUGGGGCCCCAGGUAGUAUUAGUGGAAGUAAUGCAGCCAAUAUCUUGAUAAAUGAUGAUCAUAAAGCCAUGAGCGCAUUUAUAUUAACCCUUUUCAUUAAAGAUUUCAAAAGUGGUCAAAGAUUAUGUUUUUCAAUUGAAUUAAUUAAUAAUUGUCUUAAAUUUUUAGCAACUAGUGAGAAUCCUUUAUUACGUCAAUGGUGUUCAUUGUUAUUAUCACAACUAUGGUAUAAGUAUCCUGAUGGUAGAUGGAUUAUUCAUAAAGAUGGUUACUUAAGUACAUUUUUAACUUUGGUGAAUGAUCCUAUUCCAGAAGUUAGAACUUCAAUUAUUUUGGCUAUGACUAACUUUUUGAGUGAUUCUAGUGAUACCCAAGCACAACCACAAGGUCAAGGCCAAGGUCAACCUCAACAACAGCCACAAAGAACUCAAUCAUCUAACAUUAAUGCUGAGUUACGUAAAGAUGAAUUAAAACAACAGGAUUUGAAAUUAGCUAAUGUCAUUUUAAGUUUGUUGGGAGAUGGGUCAUCAAUGGUAAGAAAAGAGAUUGUAUAUUUUAUUAAUAGAUUUGUCAAGGUUUAUACCAAGUUUUUCUUAGUUGUUGCCUUUAACCAACUUGAGGAGGAAAUUGUUUUGAUUGACAAUGCUAAUUACUUACAUGAAUUCAGAAAGAAUUCACCAGCAUACUGUUCAAUUUUCAGUUCAAUUUGGAAAGCCCUUUUAAUUUUAUCUGAAGAUCCUCAUUUAGAAGUGAAGCAAUUAGCAGAAACCUUGAUUGAUUUUAUAAUGUUAAAAUUGAAUCAAAGUGAAUUAUCACCGUUAGUCAAAGAAAUGCAGGAUUAUCUUUUAAGUAAAUCGACCAUAACCAUUGGAGAGAAUUUCAAGCAGCCAAUAAUCAAUAGACCAUUAGGGAAUAUACGUAACGGUACUGAGCCGACGAAAAGACAAGUUUCUGGUGGUGCGGUUAUGAAUAGAAAGAAUAAUUUACUUAUUGAUGGAACCUCAAUGAAAACUAGAUCAGCAUCUACCAAUAAUUUGAAUGCAUUAUACCAAAAACAAUUAAAUGGUCGUGGUAACGAUGACAAUACAGAUGCAGAAUCGAUAUCUUCCAAGAUCAAGAACAUGUCAAUUUCAAAGUUAUUCAAAAGUUUCCAAAUUAACGAAGAACAUGACUUGAAAAAUUUUACUCGUAUAUUACAGUCAGGACCCACACCAAGUACAUACGGUGCUGAAUUCAAACCAAAGACUCCUCGUUUCAUUCCUCGAGAUUUAACUGCCGAUAUUGAAUUGAAAGAUGAAUCCGGGUUUUUCGAGUAUAGUUGUGAGUAUUUUCAAGAACCUCAAAUGUCAAAAAAUGAAAUCGAUGAGCCAGGUUCAGAAGAGUAUAUUAAACGGUUAUGGAGACGUAAUCGAAAUGAACAAAUAAUUCAAGAAACUCAACCACAGAAGAAAUUGGCGGUUAGAGGUGAUUGGAAUCGAAACGCUCCUAUCACUUUGAACAAUAAGUCUCAACCAAAAUUAAUUAAGUUUACCCAAUUUGAAAAAAUCUUGGUUGCAAGCGAUGAAAAAGAUACUGUGUCCGUGUGGGAUUGGGAAGUUGGUAAGAUUGUUAAGAAAUUUUCUAACGGGAAUCCAUUUGGUACUAAGAUAACUGAUAUGAAGUUUUUAAAUGAAGAUGAUUUACCUCUUUUGUUGACUGGUUCAUCAGAUGGGGUUAUCAAAAUUUAUAAGAAAUUUCAUACUGAAAAUGAAGAAGGAGAAGAAGAAAAAAAUUGUGAACUUAUUGCAUCUUGGAGAGCAUUAACUGAUUUACUAUUAACGUCCAAAAGUUCUGGUUUAAUUUCUGAAUGGCAACAAUCAAGAGGGUCUCUUCUAGUGAGUGGUGAUGUCAAAAUAAUUAGAGUUUGGGAUGCUCCUCGUGAGUUAUGUUUAGUUGAUAUUCCUGCUCGUUCUACCUCAUCCAUUACAUCCUUGACCUCCGAUCAAGUUGCUGGUAACAUCUUUGUUGCUGGAUUUGACGAUGGAAGUUUAAGAGUAUAUGACCGUCGUAUGGACUCAAGAGACUCGAUGGUUAAGGCUUGGCCAAAAUCCCGUGCUACUUAUUCAUCUUCCAACCCAGUGCUGAAGGCUUCUAUCGGUCGUGGUUCCAUAAGAAACAUCCAUAUGCAAAGAGGGGGAUUUAGAGAAUUAGUGAGUGGGUCUUCGGAUGGUUUCAUCAAUCUUUGGGACGUAAGAUUGGACGAACCAGUAGUUUCAUUCGACAAUUCGCCAGAAAAAUCAAUCAGAAGCAUUGAUGUUCAUGAACAUGCUCCUAUCAUUACCACCGGGUCCAAAAACGUGAAUAUCUGGACCACUUCUGGUGACUUAAUCUCGACCUUACGUAAACCACACGAAAACUACUUGAGUAAUAGAACCUCCAAUUAUUUAUCCAGCACUUCCUUCCAUCCCCAUAGAAUGAUGGUGGCCACCAACUAUAAUCAAGAUUCAAGCAUCAACGUUUACAACUGCAGCGAUAUCAUUCUGGAAUACUUGUAAUAAAUAAAUUAUUAAUCUAUAGCAUGUCGACAUCGU